AUGUACAAUUGCAAAUUUGGAGUACCUGUUCUUGUUAGCAAUAUAUUGUAUAAUGGAUUAAAACAGAAGUCUAUUUAUAAAGCAAUUCGAUAUCUCGUAGAAAAUUUCAAUACCUGUCAAUUACAUAAAUUUGAAUUUCGUUUGUAUUGUGCACAAUGUACACAUAUUAUGUUGACGUACAAGUUAAUUUGCUUUAUCCGACAAUCCAUUGUGUUUUCGUACUCGAUUACUGAGAUUAUGCGAGUUGCAAAAAAAAAUCAUGCACAUUCAAGCAAGCAUUCAAUUGAAUAA